UGACCUGCUCGUAUACAGUAGUUGAGCUCUCAUAACUGCUCUUCGCUCGUCCUUGUCUUCUUCUCCACAGCCACCAUGGGCAAUUCCUCCUCCAUGCUCACCCAGUACGACAUUGAAGAGGUUCAGGAACACUGUAACCACACAUUCAAUCAGCAGGAGAUAGUUUCUUUGUACCAGAGGUUUUGUCAGCUUGAUCGUAAUAGGUGUGGGUUCAUUUCUGCUGAUGAAUUUCUGUCUGUUCCGGAAUUCGCUGUGAAUCCUCUCUCCCAGAGAUUGUUGAAAAUGCUAUAUGGAUUGAAUUUCAAGGAAUUCGUGGCUUUCUUGUCUGCAUUCAGCCCUCGUGCAACCUUAGAAAACAAAAUUGAGUUUAUUUUUAAGGUAUACGAUACAGACUGCAAUGGAAAGGUUUCAUUCACUGACAUGCUGGACGUUUUACGGGAUAUGACCGGACAAUUUAUAUCUGAACAACAGAGAGAGCAAGUACUGACACAAGUCCUGGAGGAAGCAGGCUAUGAAAAGGAUUCUUUGUUAGUCUUGUCUGACUUCAAGAAGAUCCUUGGCAACUCAGGUUUGAAGAUGGAAGUUGAGGUUCAGUUGGAUUAGAAUGAGAGUAAUAAUUGUCAUUGAAAUCCUCCAGUAUACGACGUAGCCAUCAAACUCAGAAUUCUGAUUUAGUUUGAUUAGAAGAAUAUUUUCUGCAUACUGUGUAUUUUGUUGAAAAUUAAGAAGAACUUCGAAUUUUACGAGGGAGAAUAUUUUCUGCCAUUUUAAACUCGACGAAAUUAAAUUUUUUGUCUGAUUAGAAGAAUAUUUUCUGCAUAUUAUGUAUUUUGUUUUGUACACAUAAAAAUGAAAUUAUUUUCCCUGUUGAGAGAAUGGCUUCUCUA